AUGGAUUCUGCGGUCUCCGUCACCGCGACGGCGCAGAUGGUACUUUUCAGAGCACUCCACCGUCAUCUACCCGGAGCACCUAAUCGCUCGCUCCUCCGCCGAAAACUUAAAUUCGCUGUUACUUCCUACAACAAUCGCUUCCGCAUUCCGUGUUCCUUCACUUCUGUGCCGUUCCACGCGCCGCUCUCACGAACGCCUUGCCGUACGCGCUGCCUUUCGAGCUCAGCUGCUUCUUUUGCCUCUUCCGGUGGCAGUGGAAAUGGAGGCGCUGGAGCCGGAAAUGGAGGAGGAGGUGACGGUUCCGGAGGCGAGUUUGGAGAUGCUAGCAUCAAAUUGAUUGGAGAUACGGCUCAAGAGCUUUCAACUCUUUCACCCGAUGCUAUUAUUCUUGAUGUUUCGGGAAUGGUAUGCGGAGGAUGUGCAGCGUCUGUGAAAAGGAUUCUGGAAAGUCAACCACAAGUCUCAUCUGUUAGUGUAAAUUUAACAACAGAAACAGCAAUAGUCUGGCCUGUAUCUGAAGCAAAAUCUGCACCAAAUUGGCAAAAGCAAUUAGGGAAGACACUUGCAGAACAUUUAACUAGCAGUGGUUUUAAUUCUUGCCUUCGAGAUUCAACAAGAGAAAAUUUCCUACAAAUUUUUGAAAGAAAGAUGGAAGAAAGAAAUAAAAAAUUAAAAGAAAGUGGUCGUGAGUUAGCUGUUUCUUGGGCUCUUUGUGCUGCCUGUCUUGUUGGCCAUCUAUCCCAUCUCUUUGCAGCAAAGGCACCUUGGGUCCAUGUAUUUCAUUCCAUCGGGUUUCAUGUAUCCUUGUGUUUGCUUACGUUACUUGGUCCUGGCCGCCAACUUAUCCUUGAUGGCUUAAAAAGCCUUUUUAAAAGGGCGCCAAACAUGAACAGCUUAGUUGGUCUUGGGGCUUUGUCAUCAUUCACAGUCAGUUCAUUUGCUGUUUUGCUGCCGAAAUUGGGUUGGAAGGCGUUUUUUGAGGAACCUAUCAUGCUGAUUGCAUUUGUCUUGCUGGGAAGGAAUCUUGAACAGAGAGCUAAAAUUAAAGCAACCAGUGAUAUGACAGGACUUCUUAGCAUAUUGCCAUCUAAAGCUCGCCUUCUAGUUAAUGGGGAAACAGAGGUUGCCUCAGUUGUUGAAGUUCCUUCUGACAGUCUUUCUGUUGAAGACCAAAUUAUCAUAUUACCCGGAGAUCGUAUUCCAGCUGAUGGAAUUGUGAGGGCUGGUAGAAGUACUGUAGACGAGUCAAGUUUCACUGGGGAGCCGCUGCCAGUAACAAAAGAACUUGGGAGCGAGGUUGCAGCUGGAAGUAUAAAUCUAAAUGGAACUCUUACAAUAGAGGUGCGGAGACCAGGUGGUGAGACUGCUAUAGGAGACAUUAUUCGUCUAGUUGAAGAGGCACAAAGCAGAGAGGCUCCAGUGCAACGGUUGGCCGACAAGGUAGCAGGAUACUUCACGUAUGGAGUAAUGGGAAUUUCUGUUACCACAUUUACGUUUUGGAGUGUGUUUGGCCCGCAAAUUAUACCUUCUGCUCUAUAUCAAGGAAGUGCAGUUUCACUGGCUUUGCAGCUUGCAUGUAGUGUUCUGGUUAUCGCUUGUCCAUGUGCACUUGGGUUAGCCACACCUACUGCUGUGCUGGUUGGAACUUCUCUGGGAGCUAAAAGAGGAUUACUGUUGCGUGGUGGAAAUAUUCUAGAGAAGUUUGCCAUGGUAAACACUGUUGUGUUUGACAAAACAGGGACCCUCACGAUUGGUAAACCCGUUGUGACAAAGAUCGUCACUCCCACAUGCAUAGAAAAUGCAAAUUCAAGCCAAACUAAAAUAAAUGCUUUGUCUGAUAUUGAAGUUCUGAGGUUAGCAGCUGCUGUAGAAUCUAAUUCAGUACAUCCAGUUGGGAAAGCAAUUGUGGAUGCUGCUCAGGCAGUUAAUUGUCAUGACGCCAAGGUAGUAGAUGAAACAUUCCUAGAAGAACCUGGAUCCGGUGUUGUUGCAACUGUAAAUAACAAAAAGGUUUCGGUUGGGACGUUGGAAUGGAUAACCAGACAUGGAGUUAACAGCAGUAUACAUCAAGAAGUGGAGUAUAAAAACCAAUCAUGUGUCUAUGUUGGAGUUGAUGAUACUUUGGCUGGCCAGAUUUAUUUUGAAGAUGAGAUAAGGAAAGAUGCAAGACAUGUUAUUGACACAUUAUCUAAGCAAGAUAUUGAUGUCUACAUGCUGUCUGGAGACAAGAGAAAUGCAGCUGAAUAUGUUGCAUCUCUUGUUGGGAUUCCCAAAACGAAGGUGCUCUCUGAAGUGAAACCAGAGGAGAAAAACAACUUCAUAAAGGAACUUCAAAAAGAUAGGAAUGUUGUAGCUAUGGUUGGUGAUGGAAUUAACGAUGCAGCUGCCCUAGCUUCUUCACAUAUAGGUAUUGCAUUGGGUGGAGGUGUUGGAGCUGCCAGUGAAGUGUCUUCUAUUGUAUUGAUGCACAACCAUCUCUCACAACUGCUUGAUGCUUUGGAGCUUAGCAGGCUAACCAUGAAUACUGUAAAGCAAAAUCUUUGGUGGGCUUUUGUAUACAAUAUUGUAGGGAUUCCAAUUGCAGCUGGAGUGCUAUUUCCUGUAAAUGGUACCAUGCUGACUCCAUCAAUUGCAGGGGCUCUCAUGGGGUUGAGUUCCAUCGGCGUAAUGACUAACUCAUUACUUUUGAGAUUCAAGUUUUCCUUAAAGCAAAAACAUAUACAUCGCCCACUGGCAAAGACCGAUACCUAUGUUGAAUCUGAUCUGGCUCGCCGAAACAAGAAAAUAAAGUAUCCAAAUUAG